AUGUCUCGUGGAAUACGCCACGAAGUUAUUGAAAUGGCGAGAUCGCUAGCUGCAAAGGGACAAUUGGACUGGGCCUUGGAUAUCUCAGUCAGUCCUCAUCUCCCCCGUGAGCAGGACAUGAGACUUCAGUGGUCUCGACUUCCUGCCCCGCCAAGUGUGUACGUCCAACCAGGCGACAGAACCAAUUCAGCCGAUUUGAUUACAAGCGGCGAUGUAGACCAAUCUGAAGGGGAGACUCUUUCCCGUGGCUUGAAUUUGGUUGUACGUCUGGUGAUGGAGAAAGGAACAGAGGUCCGCUGGAUAGGUGAUGGGGGACCUGGCACUUUUGCCCAACAACUCCUCACAGCGCUAGGCUGUUGGUGCGAGAACGGCCUACUCUUCCUUGAACCGCGCCAAGAAGAAAAUAAGGCGAAAAUAUACCUCGCGAAUCUCACAGUGGUGUUUGUACCGGCAUUUCCCAAUGAGCCAGUGACCCGAGAAGAUCUUGUAGCUGUGCUGGGAGAGGAUCAUGCGCGGAUUCGAGCUAAACCCCAGACUCGAGACUUUUCUCAAUUAAAGUCGUUCCUCCAUUGGACCGCUGAAACGGGACUUUUGCAUGGAUAUAUGAAGAACGUGCAUCUUGCUAUUGAGAAUCGGGGUGUGCAGAAAUCGUGGACAAUCAAGCGAAACCAUGAGGCUACUCGAAAGGAAAUCGCACAGGAGUGGGCAGGAUAUGGCUGGUUACCUGGCCAAAAGUACCGAUUAUCCCGACCAUGUCCUGGUGACAGAACUGUCGAACGACUUCCUAGAAGUCAACGGAAUUUCAUCAACGGCCAGGCCCGGUGGAGACUUCCUGGAUGUACAAUGAGCUAG